CUCAACUAUUUCAUUUGAAAUUUUUAUCAAAAUUUGUGCUAAUCAAGAUUUUGAAUAAAUAAAAAGAAAACUAGUGUAAAUAAAUUUUGUAUCUGUAUUUGAAAUUCGGGAACAAUGGUGACAGUAAUGGAAUUAUCGCCGUAUUUAUCGGGGAUCCAAAAACUUCAAGGAUCAACGCCAGGUGAAAAAUAUCUUAACAUCCAUAAGAUCGCUCAGAAAAUACUGCCAUCGAAAAACAUAAAGAAAGCUUUGGAAUCGGCAGUCAAUUCAUCAGAGCUGCCGGAAGCUUUGAAACUUUUCGUCCAACUGGAAAUCGCUCGGUCACUACGACAACCUGAAGUAAUAAUCGAAGCUCUGAAAUCUGGUAACGAUGAAAUUUUUAAUCGCGCGCUCAAAACCCGUUGGUUCUUCAACGGCGGAAAUGAAAACAUAACUACAGUCCAUUUCUACCAGACCCAGAUUCUUCCGUUUCUGUCUGUGUACAACAGAAAGAAAAUAAUAAAAGUCUUGGCGAAAAAUCUUGCCGACGAACCAGAACUCGCUGACGAAUUUUACGAAUUGGUCACUCUGAUGUACGGCGAAAAACAAGCCAAGUCGCUUUUGAAAGCUUGCAGCGAGUCGUUCAUUUGGAGCCGCAUUAAAAAUAAUAACAUUGAGCUGAAUGGUAACAUGAUUCACUUUUUGUUCAACAAAUAUCCUGAGUUGGUAAUCAAGUACUUCAAAUUGACAAAAUGGUACGGAAAAUGUGAUUUUUCACUCUACUCAAAAUUUCUGCCGCACAUGCUGCGAAAAUAUCCUGAAGUUUACGGGGAAGUUCUGCAAACAUUCAAUGAGGAUUCUAGUCCAUUGAGUAUGAGACAGACGCGUUUUUUCCUAGACAACUUCUUCGACGCAUUCAUGAUCAAUCCGAGCAAAUUUUUAUCUAGAGUCCAUAUGAAAGUAAUGAAAAGCCAACUCACUGAAGAGCAACGUCAGGAAAUAUUUAGAAAGUUGGUUCUGGCGGAUGACGUCUCGUUCUCGAACGCAUUUACUGGAAAGUUUGGCUUUUUGUCGGACGACAAAAAGCUGACAAUAUUGAUGUCCCAUUAUCAGGAAGUGCAUGGUGUCAAUUUUCUGGACUGUCAUGACAAAAUCACACCGAAAAUCCUGAGGAUACUUCCUAGAGACGAACGCAUCAGGCAGGCGAGAAAAAAACUAGAAACUGAAAGUUACCCAGCUGACAAACUUGACAUCAGUUUUAAAAAAUCGUGGGUUUGUUAUCUGCCGUGCAGCGAAUCGGUUAAAUUCUACAAGGAGUUAAUUGAGAAAUCGGAAAAAAGUGAACGCUUUGAAGGGGUCAAACGGUUGAUUUACACCUGCGCAGUUAAUUGUGACAGCGACGCGUUGCUUGAUGUCUUGGAAUAUAUAAAAGCUGAGUUCAUUAAUGAAUACUGUGAAUUUAUCACAAACACUUUGAGAGUUUUAUGGUACAACUGUAAGUCAAUGAAGCUGACCAUCGAACACUGGGAAGUAAUAAAUAGUCUGCUUGUUAAAAUCACCGGAAAUGAUGAAAACUUUUAUGACUUUUCCAUCGCGGACUGGAUGAAAGACAAAAUAAUUUUUGAUAUAGAGAACAAUAAGCCAAUAGACAUUUCAAAAAAUUCAUUGUUCUUAAAAUAUAUGCGCUGUCAUUACAACGAUGACGAUUUGUUGGAACUGAAGCCCGCUUACGCGAAGAAAUGUCUGGAGGAAUUCAUCAAUGGGAUCCCUUCUACCUACGACGAUGUCAAUGACAUCGAUAUUGACCAAAUCAUUGACAUUCUGCAGUCGAUUGCCGAUUUCAAUGGACAUAAGUCUAGAUCCAGGGAACGAGUAGCCGCGAUUUCGAUCAGAAAUCACCCCUGGCUUGCAGCGACGGUAAAGAAGUUUUUGAAUGACAAAUAUGAAGAUGGGAAAGAAGUGAAGCGACUUAGAUCGACGUUGAAAUCCGUCGGACGGGACGUUUUUGAAGCUUACGUCGCUGAAGUUGAUAAGGACGUAGAUUUCAAGACACCCGAGGCUCAGAAGUCGCUUGAAAAAAACCCCGAAUUGAUAAUCCAACAUUGGGAGCACUAUUUAGACAAGUGCAUUGGAAACAUUAACCGACGGUGUGCGCGUAAAUUUGUGCGCACGUUGUGCUGGUAUCAGGAUCUGCCGAUAAAAUUCGCUGACAAGUGUCUGAGGCAUAUGAAGAAGCAUAAUUCCGGAAGGGAAUUGAUUGUCCUGGGAUUGAUGCUCGAAGGACCGGCUUUCGAACGCGUAGCUGCGCCUUUCAUAUCGAAGAUUGAUGCUGAGCAUGAUCAUAAAAUCAUGGCUUCGAUCCCGCGGGCAAUUAGGGUCGUUAACCCGCCGGUAUCUUUGGAAUUCGUGCUCAAGUUCUGUGAGGGUAAUAAUAUCCAUGUCAUGGGGAAUUGCCUUCUUGACGUAAGUCGGAAGACGUCUGUGGCUAAAGUUAUUCCGUUCGCGAUGGCGCUGAUGAAGGAAAAGAUGCCGAUGAAGAAAUACGCAAUUAGAUUAUAUUGCCAGGCUUUUGCAUUUGAUUGUACUAAAUAAUUGUAAUUAGUAUUUACGCAUGUAUUUAAUUGUUUUUGAAAUU